GCUUCAACGACGGUCCCAGGAAGGUCACUAGGAAGCCUUCAUUAUCAUGAUAAUAUAUCAAGAACACAACUUUGCAUCAUCAUGCAAACCAAACUUCAAAAUGAGUAGAGAUGAUCCAAUGUCUAAAUCCUACAGUUAUAGAUCAAUAGAUUCACCUGAUAUAGAAUAUGAUGUUCCAAAUCAACAAAAUUCGGAGUUUUUUGAUGACCUUUUGGUUUUUCAUGAUUGGAGCAAUGAAGAUCAACCACCCAUUGUUCCUGAAUAUCAAGAUUAUAAUCCGGUUUACGCUGCAGCUGCCAUUGAUGAUCAUGGAAGUCAGUCAAGUAUUGGAACAAGUAGCAGCCACCUUCAAGGAAAUAGUAGUGGUGGCAAUGGAGUUGGGCAGGCCCAAAGGGUUACGAAAGAAAAAAUUGCCUUUAAAACUAAAUCACAGGUAGAGAUUCUAGAUGAUGGUUUCAAGUGGAGAAAAUAUGGAAAGAAGAUGGUGAAGAAUAGCCCAAACCCAAGGAAUUAUUACCGGUGUUCAGCAGACGGAUGUUCAGUAAAAAAGAGAGUGGAAAGAGAUGUAGAGGAUGCGCGGUAUGUAAUCACAACCUAUGAAGGCAUCCAUAACCACCAACGUCCUUCUAACUCAUAAUAACUAUUACUAUUAGCUCAUGUUUUUCGCGGUUAAAAGAAGAAAGGUGUAAUUUUGUUACAUUUUUUCUUCAACCCGCCGGUGUUAUGAAUCGAUCCCUUAGAAUAUAAACGAUUUUGCUUGCCAUUAUGGCCAAGUUCUGUUUUUGGCGUUCUGCGCAAGUUGUAUCCUUCUGUGAUCAACUUACAUGUUGUAACUUGGUUACUUUUAAUAUAUAAAAUAGCAACUUACUUGUUUA